CCGGCCCCUGCUAAACCACCAGCUCUACAACAGCCUACACCAAUACCACAACAACAACAACAGCAACACCAAUCACAGUUAGUUGCAAAAAGACCAGCUACCACCCCCGCCCUAACUACCAAUCAUGCAAUCACUACACAAAAACAUACAAAUCUUUCACAACAAGAACUUAAUCAAACAUAUUGGGAAAGAGUAAAUACAGUAAAGAAACAUUUACCAGAAAUAGAACUUUUAAUUCCAAAAAUUAUAGAAAACUAUUCACAACAACCAGGGAAUAGCGUUACUUCAAAAAUUGAAAGUUAUAGAAAAAGAUUUAUGGAUUUCGUUCAAAUUGUAAAAGUAACACCCGAAACCGCAAAAUCACCAUUAAACCUGGAUGAACUAUUUGAAGCCGAAAAAUACCUAAUGAAUAUGUAUUUAACAUCAUUAUCAGAAGAAGAACAAUUUAAAAAAAUAAUAACAAUCAUUGAUGAAAAACCAGUCGAGAGCCUAAUGCUAUUUGAAAAAGAUUUAUUAAACUCAUUUGAAAGAACCAAAAGAUAUUUCUCUGAAGCAUUCCUUACAAAAACUGGGGGUGUAUCGUCAAAAGCCCCAUCCACACUUUGGUUUAAAAACCCAGCAUUAAACAAUCCUUUCGCUGGAGCCACAACAUGUCAAUAUAACCCAAUAGUACCUAAAAAGAAACAAUCGAUAAAGAUAGAUUCUCCCACCCCAGAAUAUAAAAAAAUUAAAAAAGGAAAUUUUGAAAUUUUCGAAAAAGAACAAAAAAUAUGUAAUAAUUUAAAAAAUGAUUUAAUUGAAUUUACCAAGCAUGACAAUACACUUUUACCAGCCAAAUUUAUUGAUAAUGAUACAAUAUUAAUUUCAGAAACCCUAAUUAAUGAUAAAAUUUUUGAUAGUAGUAGUGGCAAUAAUAACAAUUUAUAUAUCCAUUUCAAUAAGUCCCAGUUUUCAAAUAAUUGGAAAGGAUCAGACAAUAAUCCACCACUCUUUAUUGUAUCAUCACCUUCUAUACAAAUUUCAAGCGAUGGCGAAUUAUUUUCAAUUCAACCAUUAUGCUCACUAUAUUGGGACAAAGCUGAAAAUAUAAUCAAAUCAUUCAAACAAUCCCUAUUCCGUAGCGAUAGAAUUACUAACGAACUAAAUCAAAUUAAACAAUUAAAUAGAUACCAAAUAGAAAGUCAUUUAGAUAUUAUAAAUGCCAAAUUUUCAAUUCAAUUUUCAACCAAAUCGAUUAUGCUAUUAAACAGAUCAAAACUAAAUAAUAACCAAAAACAACAACAAAAUAAUAAUAAAUUAAAAAGAAUAGAAAACAACACUGAUGAAGCUUCAUUAACACUAUGUAACAACUAUGAAUCAUAUUAUAAUUUAUCAAUAAUUUUGGAUAUCCCAGACAACUACCCGUAUAGUCCUGUUACAUUUUCAUUUCCUCCAGAGUAUUCAAUCUCAUCCUUUUUAAAAGAUAUCGAAAUUAAAAUGAAAAAAGAGUUUGAAAAUUUAAAUGAACAACAAAAACAAUCAAGCAUUAAUACCAAUAAUACCAAUAAUAACGAAAACACUUUACAAACAAAUAGAUCAAUAAUUGAAACUAUUAAAAUAUUUGAAAAUAUAAUAAAUAAAUUAUAA